GUACUGUAGUUUUAACACGAGCAAGCUAGCACAAUACAAUGGUAGUGACAUACUCCAAGAACGAUUGUCCUUAGCGAAAGAUCAUCAUCAAAAUGUUGAUAGGUACAGCAAUGCUUCUCGGUGAUUUAGCGUGAUUUCUUAUCAUUCGAUAAGAAUCAGCCCCGGGCGGCGCGACUACUACCUCCCCACUAAAACCCGCGUCGAGUCCCGUCUCUUCUAUCGUAAACCGGCAGUGAAAGUCAACAUCGUAAGUCGGAGUCGAUUUCUCGGCGACCUGUUACACAUCACUACCUUUCCCAUUUCAAGUGGGGUUUCAUCACCAUCGUCAAACGCAGACGUGAUGUCCAUUAUCGCCGAAUACUGAGCCUGACUUGUCAUUGCUCCCCACUCGUUGCACGAAAUCUGCAGGAAACAGAGCGCAUCAUGGCUGGCAAAAGCGCCAGCUUCGGCAUCGCGCAAGCCCGCGGUAAAGGAGGCAAAGGGAUAGGUCUUGGUGGUAAGACCGGGGCGAAGCGACACAGAAAGGUCCUCCGUGACAACAUUCAGGGAAUCACAAAAGGAUCCAUCCGUCGCCUUGCGCGCCGUGGCGGAGUAAAACGUAUCUCCGGCACUAUUUACGAUGAGGUUCGGAGCGUUCUGAAGACGUUCCUCGAAGGCGUUCUCAAAGAUUGUGUCACAUACUGUGAGUAUCGUAGAGCGAAGACAGUAACCACCACGGAUGUCCUUCAUGCACUUAGACGCCUGGGUCGCCCUAUCUAUGGCUUCGAUGAUGGCUAUAAGAUGCCGCAGGCCGGCCCAAAAAAGCGUUGAUACGUCGAGAUCUUUAGACAGGAACUGGCGAGCUUUGGGCACGAUAACAUAUACGGUCCAAGUGGCAAGGAGGCAAAUGGGCAUGAUAUGGAUCCAGCUACUUGAGAUACCCUGUAUUGUAAUGAUCAUGAACAUGGGAUGACACUUGGUGAAGUUGUUUCAGAAAGUGCAAAGUGUAAGGCAUAACACAGUCCAUUGUGAUAUAAUAAUAUGAAUGGCGCAGAUAACAAUUGACUAACGCCACCGAAUUAGCGGGGUAUCUUGAACCAUAGACUACCUAUG